UUCUAUGGCUUAUGUAUCUAGUAUGCCUAACGGAUUCAGUCCAAAAAUAACUAUAUACUCAUUUAUUAACAUAUCUCGUUAUUUAAUCACCUCCAUUUCCCUACACCUGACAUUAUUUGCUAACCCACAGUUCAAUCUCACAAACUAUGUUCUCAGUUUAUACUUCUAUUGAAUUGCAAACAUACACACUCAAUUUUUUAAAAACUUACCAUCUUUCGGUUUAUGAAUCUGACCCUGUAGCUAAAAAUAUAUCUGCAAACACAAAAGGAUUGAUGAGUAAUGACAUUUUUCGCAGCAUCCGCUUCGGGUACAUGCAUAUUGAAUAACAAUAUUACCAACAAUAACGUGUAAUUUUGCACAAUAUUUUAUAUGACGUUACGAGAGAAAUUCGAGGUGCUGAUGGAGCAUCGACGUGCACUGUAAAAGCAAAUGCUUAUUGCCCGCAGGCGAAGAUGUCUUUUAAUGAAAUGGUACUAGCGGAAGACUUCUGCAAGAUUUACUGGAGCUAUGAACCAUGUUUAGACAUGAUCGACGAUUACUGUGCUGGAUAUUUUGAUUACUACUUCAGGAACAGGUGUCCGAAGUUAUCUGAAAAGAAUUCUGGCAACCAAAAUGAAAAGUUAUCUGAAAAGAAUUCUGGCAACCAAAAUGAAGUGAUAUUGGUAAAUGUGUUGAUUACUGCAAGUUUAAUUACGUUAAUUCAGUGUAUGUAAAUAUAUAUAUAAAUUGGGUUGGUGCAUAAUUAUUGCAGCUUGCUUUCAAUAAAGACCAUAUCAACAUUUAAGAAAGAAACAUCUUUAAAUAACGUUCUGACCGUCUGCCAAGCAAAUGGGGAGCAGUAAUCGAAGUAAAUGGUGAAUAUGCUCCGAAUAAUCAUUUAAAGAUGUAUUUUGUUGCAUAUUGUUAUUGUUUUUGUUGAAUAAAAUUUGUUGAAUAAAAGUCGCAAUAAAUGUCCUAUAAUAUAUAAAUGUAUAUAUAUACUUUAUUAAUAAAGCUGUGUCAUCAAGAAAAGUGUUACUCAGAGUUUCACAUUCCUGUUCAACAGGAAGUUAAAACUCUGAGUAACAGUUUUUGCGAUGACUUUGAAAAUAUUUUCUUAAAGCAUAUUACCCUA